UCGGGUGAUCCUCGGAAGUCCUCGAAAGUUGAAAACAAGUCGACGUGACAGCGUGAGCGACAGAUCCACCGCAACCAACAAUCAAAUCUGUUUGUUAGCCCUUUGAUUGGUCAAGAUGGGCAUGAUAAUUGGGAAAUUUAGAAAAACGAAGACAACUGUGGAAAUACUUGAAGGCAUUGACAAGGACAUCACCAAGCUCCAGCGGUUUCGGCGACACAACCAGGAACUGCAGAAGAAGUUCAUCGCCAGUCUGAUCCUAUACUCAAUAGUCCUGUACAUCAUCUGUGCUAUUGUGUUCUACUUCUGGUACUUCCCCGACACAUGGAAGGAGCGCUUUAUCUACUCGCUGCCUUUGCUAGCCUUCCCUUUCAUAAUUUGGGGGAUCAAGAAAACUCUCCACUGGUAUUUUAUAAAGAGGAUAGCAAGUAAUGAUGUGUCUCUUGGAGAGCUGAGAGAAAAGAAGAAGCAAAUUCUGGAAGAUGUGAUGGAGAAAGAGACGUACAAGAAGGCCAAGGAAAUCCUCGAGAAGUUCGACCCAGCCAGGUUCAAGCAACUGGAGAAGCCAGCUCAACCCACACCUCGUGUUGUCACACCCUCUCAGGGGUCAGCUUUGCGCCAGCGUGUGGCACCAAGAAUGGCCACCCCAAUGCGACCUGGUAUCCGGACACCGAUGACAACACCGCACCUGCCACGGUCGGCUGCAAUGUCAGGGCAACGGAUGAGGAUGUCUGCCAAUGGCCAGUUCAUGCCUGGAUACGGGAGUCCACCUGGGCCCCCGCUGCCCAGACCAGUCCUGCCCAGAGAGAGGGGCAACUUUGACAAGGUUGUGGAGUAUCUUGUUGGAGAUGGACCACAGAACCGUUAUGCUCUCAUCUGUAGAUAUUGCCAUUCUCACAAUGGAAUGGCCCUGAAAGAAGAGUUCGAAUUCCUCAGUUUCCGUUGUUGCUACUGCUAUGCCAUGAACCCAGCCCGAAAACAGCGGCCACAUGCUCCCAAACUGGAGUUCCCUGCCCCUCCCUCCCCAGCCAAGCGAGCUGCAACACAAGGUGAACAGAAAGUUGCUGAGGCUAAUGAGGAGGAGGAGGAGGAGGAGGAUAGCGAAUAUGAUGAAGAAGAUGAUAGUGAGGAAUCAGGAAGCAGUGGUGAUAAAAAUAAGGAAAGUAGCCAGCUAAAAACUGAAAAUCUAGAAAUAAAGAAACCAACAGUUGGCACUGCCUCAGCAAGCACUUCUUCAGCAAGCACUUGCAAGCACUGCCUCAGCAAGCACUGCCUCAGCAAGCGCUGCCUCUUCCAAACAAGCUGCAGAAAUCUUGGAGAAAAACUUGAAAUUUGCAGAUGAAGACAACGCUGAAGGAAAACCAAGGGAGAUAACUCAAUCUAAAGAAAAACAAGUUGAUGAAGACCACAAACAAGAAGUGACAGUGAAAGCAGAGACCAGGACAGAAUGACCCAAACUUCCAAGUAGAAACAAUAGCGUUGAUCUUCAAACCAAAUGAUGUUAUUUUGUAUAUAUUAAGUUGCUUGUUUUGAAUUCAGGUGUGUUUGGGAUUUGAAGACAUGUUGAAUGAGUUGUGCCAUGAGAUGUAUUAAUAUUUUUACCUCAUCCUAGAUGGUGGUGAUUGUACAGUGAUGCUCUAUUUAAGUAUUUAUUGAACACAGUGCUUAUGUUUUGCCACUUUUACCUCAUCCUUCGCGGUAGAGUUUUUUUGUUGAUACUGUUGUGCUGUUGUCUCUUUUCUUGCUCAUGAAAAUUUCGUGACUUUGCAGGAUUCAACAAAUACAUUGGUCAAACACCUGUAAACAAUAGUCAGGACAAGUAAUACUACUCAAAACAAAUUAAGAACCAUCCUAUUCUUUCAUAUUACUACAGUUAAUCUGUCUUUGAGGGCGUUGGGUUAGCUUAGUGGUUGAAGCGUUGGCUUGGUACACCGAAGACCCAGGUUUGAUUCCCCACAUGGGUACAAUGUGUGAAGCCCAUUUCUGGUGUCCCCCGCCGUGAUAUUGCUGGAAUGUUGCGGGAACUCACUCACUGCACAACAGAUUUGCCAUAGUAAUAUGAAACAAUUGAAUGACCCUGAAUUUCAUUGCAUGACAUAUUCACUAUAGUAAUAUGUAGGAGUCAGGUGGUCUUUCAAGUUUAAGUAUUAUUAUUGUGAGUUUGACUAAAAAGCAAAAAUUUGCGACAUCAGUUUCCAUGGCUGCUUACUUAAAACAGAAUGAAAUGCCAGAUUUUGGCAGAAACUUUGUAAAUACGGGAUAAGGGAAUGAGAAAUUGUUUAGAACUGUUUGUCCAGUAUUUUUUCUUACAGCCUUGUCCUUUUUGCUAGCUCAGCAUGAACUUUAGUUGAACGGUGCUAAUUAAGUUUUCCCUGUCUCCUAGGCACACAAUGUAAAUGAUGGAUGAAGAUUAGUUCCCUGUGUCAAAGUAUGAAUACAAACUGUAGCACUGUAGGGAUGAUCAGUAUGGCCUUAAUAGGAAAAAAGUUUAAAAUAUAUUUUUUAAUUAAUUAUGGAAUAUGGUUGGAUUACAAAACCAGUUAAGAAUUUUCAUUUUCAGAAUUGCAAUCUUACAAUUGAGUUAAUAUGAAUUAUGAUGAGAAAUGAUGUAUCCUUUUCCCAUUUGAUGAGGAUGUUCUUUGAACGUGGAUCGAGGAAAACCAACAUUGCUGUAAUAGUGUUAGAGGAUGUCACUGAGGAUAGAUUAUUUACAGAUUAGCUUACCAGUAACAUGGAAUUUCAGAUUAUCUGUCUUGUGUGGAUUUGAUUUUGAAAGUUACAAACCUUACCCGUCAUCUAAGAAAAUGUAGAAAAGUGAGGACUUUUCAUCCCAGUGUUUGACAUCAGUUUUCUUUAUAAAGGACGUCACAAGAUCAUCAUGAUGUCGUGAGCAAAGGAUGAUGUCACCUUCAGUUAUUGGCAGCAGUGUGUUCUUAUGGCGUCUUGUUAGGCCUCCUCACACUUUGAAAACUAUGGAACAAUUAUUGCAGUAAUACUAAGAAUUGCUGAAAACAAUAUUGCCUAUGUCUGUGUCCCGUGCAUACUGUUAAACUACAUGGAACUUGGUUGAAGUAAAGACACAUCCGGCUUAAGACAGAAGUCAUUUACUCACCCUACACUAACAUUAAUAUUCUUUAUGGUUUACGCUAUGUCUCUUUUACUAACCUGUUGAUUUAGUAUGUUUUUAAUGAUGACAUCAAAGAUGUUUUGAAAUUUAUUAGCAUCCUGGAUCAUGCAGGGUAUUAUGUCUCCAUGGUGAUGGUUUUAUACCUUGGACUUCACUACCAUAGCUUCAUUUUGGAAAUAAGGUCAUCUUCUUCAUCUCAUCCUAGAACUUCCCAUAGAAUUCCUCAAACCUAGGGACCAGUCAUUUACUACAGAUGGGGAUGAGUCAGAGAUUUUGUCUGCUAUAAAUAACAACCCUCCACUAAUGCUCGUCAUAUUUUGAGAUGACCCACCCGAUGGUCUUGUACAUUUAAAACCUUCCUAAAUUCUCUGUAUUAUUAUCCCCCGCCACAAAGUCGAAGGGUGAUAUGAGUUUGAGCUCCGUCUGUUUGUCCGUCCAUCCAUUCAUCCGAGAUGAUGGGGACAGAUUUUCUCAAAAACCAUUAUAGAUGGGGAAACCAAAUUUGGUAUUUGUUUUCAGGACAUGAACAUGCCUUAUUGGAAUUCGAAAACAGAAACUGUGUUACAAUUCGUUACAGAGUUAGGGCCCUUGUCACGCGUUUCUUGACCAAAUAGGAACACAAUACUGUGGCGGGGAAAUUGAUGACCAUGUCUUCUUGUUUUUUAUGUCCCUCCCUUCGAAACUCACGCUUUUUUGUAACUGUCCCUUCAAUUUCUCGACAUCCCAACUGGCGAUUAAUUUAUAAAUGACCAGUUCCCUAGAACUGGAAUUUGACUUCUUUCAGGAUCAUGUCAGUGGAGUUACAAUGAAGCAGGGUAUUGCCCCCAUCAUUGGAGAUGUAACACCCAGGAUGAUCAGGGGGAAGUGAUAGGGACCAUGUGAUACUAACAUGAAAAUCCAGAAGUUAAAAUGGUACCAGAAACAAAAACAUGAUUCCAAAGACUGAUCAGUGUGCCCUUCCAUUCCUCGGUGUUUAACGAGGUUUUAAUGUGUUACUACAGUGUCCCAUGUGUUCAUUACACUGUUAAUACUCAUCAAGCAUUAUUUCCCCACUUGUUCAAAUCCUAUAGUAACAUCUGCAGUUUUCGUGAUUCAUGGUUCUCCUAUUGUAUCUCUGCUUUAAGAACGGUGAGGCAGUCUAGUGGUUAAUGUAUUCCUUGUCAUGCUAAAAGCCUUGGUUUGAUUAUCAUGUGAAGAAUUGGGCUAAGCCAGACCCCCAAAAUGGUGAAAAUGUGAUGCAGUUCUGGCGACCGAAUGGGAUGUGAUUUUUCACAAUCAGGAAUGAUUUAGCUUUAUUUUAAAGCCGGUUGUCAACAGCUACCGUGCGUGACUACCAUGCAGGGUCCCUUUUAAGGUCAUUUCAGUUAUUUUAACCGAUAACUGGAUGGUUUAAUUCAAUAACUCUGGUUUGGAUUGACCGAUUUUCAUCGAAAUGGUAGUUUUGGCAUGCUCAGAUCAUGAUUUAAUAUUGUGGACAAUAAUGUUAUAUAUAUGCUCAUCUCAAAAGUAUUAUGUAAGGUCAAAGGUCGAUUUUAAUAGAAAGUGCAUUUGCUGAGAAAAGUAUGAGUUAAACUUUACAUCCUUUAUUUUGGCCUACAUCUGUUACCCCUUUAAAAAGUCAUCUAGACUAAAUAUGUAAAACCCAAUUCUGGUGUUCCUUGCCAUGAUAUUCUCGGAAGAUUGCUAAAAGCAGUGAAGAAACUGUGCUCACUCACUCACUCCACCCACCCACUCACUCACUCACUCCACCCAUCCACCCACUCACUCACUCACUCCACCCAUCCACUCACUCACUCACUCACUCACUCACUCAUCACUGCUAUAUAUACCGGUGUACACUGUCAGUAUGUGUGGUGAAAACUGCCUUGUCCAAGUGAGAUCUAUUUUAAUGUGUGCAUUAGAGCUAGAUUUGCUAUCCUUGAAGUCUUCUUGUUUUCAUAGUAUCAUAUUUCAGUCCCACAUGUUGCAGCUAGUCAAACAUACAAAUCAAACCUAUGUCAGGUAAUCAAAUAAUGUUCUGUAGAUGAGUAUUAAAAUCAAACAAUUACUCGGGUUAAUAUUUCAGGUAUAUUUGUACAAUUGAUAUGACCUCGUCUAAGGAUUGGAAUUCUGAAUGUAAUUUAGUUGUUAGGAAUGCUGUUUCGAUUCAUGAUUUCACUAAUACAUGUAACUGUGAAAUUGUCAUUAUUUAUUCUUUAGGCCAGACCAAUUUUAUGUCUUGUUUUAUGGAUCUGCCAGUCAUAUUUUUUCAAGAAUGAGAAAAAAAAUGAAAAUCAUUUUCCCCGCUCAAAAUAUAAAAUCCUAAUGUUCUUAUUGGCCAGAAAUGUAAACUUACAUGAAAAAUGUUUUUUGAUUGUUUUUUAGCCCCAUAACACUUCAUAAAUUGCCAAAAGUAAAAUGCUUUUAAUAUUUAGAAGGAAUAUUACUUUAACUGGUGAAUUUAUUUAUUUAUUUUUUUCCCCUGCCUUUAGGUUUUCUGAGGACAAAAAUCCGUAAAACAAGAAAUAUAAUUGGUCUGGCCUUAGCAUGAUUGACUUUAAUGUUCAUGAUCAUCAUCAAGAUUAUGGUUCUGAAUGACCAGCAAUAUAUAAUAGUAUGUGCAAUAAUCAUCAAUAUACACACAUACAGUAUACAUGAUAUACACAGCACUGCAGUCAAUAGUCCAUGCAUUCCUUCUUAUCCAAAGAAAGUUCAAUGGUAAUAUAUUUAUUUUGCUUGAGGCAUUCGUUUGUCACAGGCAACUACGGUGACACAACAAGGUUGCAUGUGUUCAUGGCGAUGGAGGAGCGUUGUGCAUACAAACCUGUGAAAUAUUGGGGAAAAACAGAAAAUGUAAGAAAAAUUCUACUUGGUGCUCUCUUGUAUGUUAUUUGUUUGAGGGGAAGGGAAGGAUUUGUAGAAGGGUUUUCAUUUUGUACAAGUCAGGGGUCCAUUAUUGACUCCAUAAUGUAUGCGACUAGUCCAUAAUGUAUGCGACUAAGUCAUUUCAAACUUAGUGUGUCACAUGUCAUCGUAUCCCAGUUGCCCAGAUCGAUGUUCAUUUUGUCAACCACUGGAUUGUCUGGUCCAGUCUCGAUUAUUUACAGAUUAUUUACAUAUAGCUGAAAAAUUGCUUAGUGCGGCAUUAUACAACAAACAAACAAACUUGAUGUAUGUCUUACGUUAUUACCUUUUGAGAGGAAACAGCUAGUCCAUACAUAUGUGGCUAGUCGUAGACCAGUAAACCACUAGCCAUCUGUAAUGUGUUAAUCGUUUCAUUUCUCAAUACAUUCAUUAUGUACAUUUAUGGUUAAAGGCUAUUGGUGGCUAAAUUAAAAUAUAUGAGAAGUAUAUACAUCACAUACUGUACCACCGAUUCCUGCCAUUUCAGUGUGUGGCAUUGUACUUUGUAUUGUGUCAUAUUUAAGUGUGUAUUAUUAAUGUUUUAAUGUGACACUUGUUGAUGUUGUUUUGUAUUGCAAUGCAUAUUGUGCUUGGUGUUGAUUGUUUUCAUCUACAGCAUUUAAGAAUCUUUCUAUUGGUGCCCAUUAUUCUAUCCUCAGAUUGCUUUUGUCUUAUUUGGAAAAACACAGGGUUACAAAAUACUCCUUUUUGUUGAAUAUGUUUAUGGAUAAAAAAGUUAUUUUAUUUUUAAGUGCGAAGUAUAAUAAGAGUAUGGUAUAACAGCACUACUUUGUUUAAUUGCCGAUUAGAAACUGAAAAAAUAUAUGUGCAGCAUAUUCAGUUGCAAAACCAAAGAUUCUAGCACAAUAUUCAGACAACCUUUUCCACCUGUAAGAUGGUGGUCUGGAUCAGAUAAUCCAGUGAUCCUGAGCAUGAUCCACUCUGGCACUGGUUGAUGACCCACAAUCAACCAAGUCGCGAAGGCAGACCAUCUCAUCCUUUGGGUCUUCUCUGUUGGUCUAGGGCAUUGGGGUAGUUUAGUGGUUAAAGCGUUCACUCGUCUUGCCGAAGACCUGAGUUUGAUUCCCCACAUGGGCACAAUGUGUGAAGCCCAGUUCUGGCGUCUGAUAUUGCUGGAAUAUUGCUGAAAGCGCAAUAAAACCAAACUUAACACGCAUUUACAGGUUAUUCUGGAGUGAAGUUAUCUUGUCAAGUUGUGCCAAAGGACUCUCCACCAAAUAGAAUGAAUAUGUAUGAUGGUUCCUUGUGUAGGUAGAGGUGUUGGUCAUUAAGCUUGGAAUUAAUUCAAGUUUAUUGAUGAAAGUGAACUAUUCCAAUAUUAUGAUCACAAUAAUAUGGUGCUAAGGUAAUGCCUUCAUUGGCCAACACAUCCCACAAGCCACUGCAGUACUGGUAGAAAUGUUUUACAUUUAGGGAUGUAUUCUUCCACAUAUUUCCUGAAAAUCGUAUAGCUAUAUGCAGCAGUGUUACUGGAGGUCUUUUAACUAUAAAAACGACCAUAUUAUUUCAGGCAAGAGCCAAUGAGUUAAAUGGUUUUUACAUGAAUUUCAUCUGUGGAAUAUUAAGAAGAAGAAAUAUGUUGAAAAAUAUGUUAGUUAUAUAAAUGUUAUUAUUAUUUUGUUUAUGACUGUGGCAAGAUAUGAAUACUCAGCUUAUUUUUCUUGUAUGUAGCGAUCAGCACUAUUACAAAAAUAUCAUGCAGGCUUGUAGAUAAUCUCAGACAAACAAACCAGUGGUUGAUAUUGGGAGCACCACUCUGUAAGUAUAAGAUGCUAUUGAAGGGAGUGCACUCGUUUAACUUCAGAUACAUGUGGUCUCAAAGAAUUAGAGUUAAUAGUUUCACUUUGGUGAAAUAUCUGCGAUACAUAAACGUAUUAUUUACCCUGUAUCAUUUGUAGAUUUGUGAGACCAGUUUCUGUCACUAUAUUCAUAGAUCAUCUUGCCAUAAAUGGUUUUUGAUUUAGCUGAAAAUAUAAGAAUGGAUUUGUCAAAUUUCAAACAUUCACUUCUCACUUUUGCAAAAUGUAAAGUAAACACAUCUCUGUAAAACAGGUUAAUGGGGCUACUGGUUUGGGGGUUUUUUUAAUAAGAAAAUAAUCUUUCAAGAAAAUCCCAGAAAUGUACAAAGAUUAAUCAUUAAAAUAGCACAAUAAUUGCUUUUUAAAUGGGUGUUCAAGUUCAGUAGUAGCAGCACAGUUGCUAUGGUUACAAGCAGGCAGUUCAGUCUGUUGUUCAAAGAUGUUAAGUUUUCAGAGAUGUGAAAUUUGUAGAGACACUAACCUGACUCAUUUGCAUAUCAAUGUUGAAGAAAUCCUACCCUGGAUGUAUGUAAAUAUGUUGUACAUAUCUGUAUGGGUGUUUGAGGAUGAGACCAAGAUUCUGUCAGGAGAAUGUGAAGCUGUGAAUGGUUUAUUUAUCAGCUGAGAUACAUCAGAUGAGUAACAGCUGAUCAUUAAUUGAGAAAUACUGUAAAAGUCUAGUUUGCACGUGUUCAAUUUGAUUCUCUCUAUAUUAGAGUGAGAGGUCAUUGUAUGAAAUACAAAAAUAAUACAAGUAUAUACUGCAACGAUGCCAUGGCGAAAUGUCUGUUUUAUCUUUGGAUGUGUAACAGUUAAAUAAUUAAAGACACUCCAGUUUUGUCUUCUGUACAUAAAUGUGGUGCUUUGAACAUGGCCUUAACUUUUCUCAGUGUCAUGCACUGUUUAAACAAAUUGCAUUUGUUUUUUUUCAGUUUUAUUAGAUUAUGUGAAAUCUACAUGUGAAAGCAUGAGGAUUGUACACAGAAUAAGCAUGAAAUUUUCAAUAUGGCUGACAUGGCUUCCAUCUUGUGAAUGUGUAGUUGGAACAGUACAUUCCUUUAUACAGCCCUGUUUGUAAUGAUUUGUUAUAAUUGGUCUUAACCAACAACUUAAACCUGUUUCAAUUUCAUGUUUCUAUACCUGCCAUAUUAAUGUCAAGUUAUGUUCCAUUAAAUUAAUGUAAACAUCCUAUUGAGGAACAGGUUUGUGUAACUUAAGUGGGCAGUGAAAAAUCAAAGUGCAGAAAGAAGUGAAACGGGUAACUAUUUAUAGUCUGUUUGCAGUGAAAACGUACCGAUGAAUUUCACUUUAAACAAAAAAGUAAAUCAAAUAAUGUGAAA